GCGCUUCUAACAGUCGAGUAGUGUCCCUUUGUUUUGUGUUUGCCAUUAUUUUCAUUGUUUUGUUUAAAAAAUUGUGAAGCAUGGGCAAGGAGAAAGGUGGGUUUUUGACUCCGAAGGCAAUUGCCAAUCGUAUCAAGUCAAAGGGUCUCCAGAAGCUGCGCUGGUAUUGCCAGAUGUGCCAAAAACAGUGCAGGGACGAGAAUGGUUUCAAGUGUCACAUGCUGUCAGAAUCCCAUCAGAGACAGUUGCUCUUGUUUGCUGAAAACCCGGACCAAUAUGUGGACUCAUUUUCCAAGGAUUUCCAGGACGGUUACCUGGAACUGCUGCGGCGGAGGUUCGGUACAAAGCGUGUACACAGUAACAUCGUGUACCAGGAGUAUAUCUCAAUGCGUGACCACACUCAUAUGAACUCUACACAGUGGGAAACACUCACAGACUUUGUCAAGUGGCUUGGCAGGGAUGGUUUGUGCGAGGUGGACAGCACAGAGAAGGGCUGGUUUGUCAAGUACAUUGAUCGUGACCCAGAGACCAUAAAAAAGCAAGAGGCAGUGCAGGCGAAAGAGCGUAUGGACAUGGACGACAAUGAGAGGGCAGCAAGGUUCAUACAGGAGCAGGUGGAACGGGGAGCCAAGGUGGGGAAACCUGUGCCUGAGACAGAGUAUACAGAGCUUGUCAGGGAAAAUGAGGAAGAGAAGGUGACCCUGUCCCUAGGUGGCGCCAAAAAAACAGAAACAGCAAAGGCAGUCCCAGUUGAGAACAUCUUCAAGAAGCCAAUGUCUGCCACUGGAGAUGAGGGCAAACCAGGCCCCAGCCAGCGGGAGGGCCGGAAACCAGCAGUAGGGGAAAAGCGGAAGUCAGCCCUCGAUGAGAUCAUGAAGCACGAGGAAGGCAGGAAGGAGAAGAUGAACCGGCGUGACCACUGGCUGCAUGAGAACAUUGUGGUCAAGGUUGUUUCAAAGAAGCUUGGGGACAAGUACUACAAGAGGAAGGCUUAUGUUAAGGCGAUUCAGGAUGUAUAUGGGGCUGUAAUCAAGAUGUUGGACUCCGGGGACAAGAUACGAGUGGACCAGUCACACCUGGAGACUGUCAUACCCGCUCUUGGCAAGACGGUGCUACUGGUGAACGGAGCGUACCGCAGUCAGACAGCCACACUGGAGGAAAUCAAUGAGAAAAAGUUCUGCUGCACGGUCUCACUCAACUCUGGUCCACUGAAGGGUCGCGUACUGGAGAAGGUCCCAUAUGAGGACCUGUGUAAGGUGUACCAGCCCUCAUGACUUAAUCCAUCCUCAAAGUAGGCGGGCCUCAUCAGCAGAAAGGUGUGGAAAAGUGAUUGAAUGCUGUACAUUGAUUAUGAAGAAUGUUGGGUUGAAACUAUACAAAGUGGCUGCUGGAAUGAUGUGCAAACUGAGAAUUAAUAGACUCAUGCAAGUAGAGAAUUAAUGGACACCAACCUUGGGUGUAAGGGAAGAAAGAUACAUUGAGCAUAAGUUUAAUGCUAUUUUAUACCACUGCAAAGAAAGUUGUUAAAAAAUGUUUGUUUCAUACUAGUAUAACAUACCCAAAAUUAUAAGGUAGAGUAGGUAGGGAUUUUUUUUUUCAAAUGUACUUUGUCAAGAUCAAUUUCUUGCAAAUAGCACUAUUCCUUGCAAAUGUCACUCAUAUAUUUGACAGGUUAUGUUUAAACAAAUAGUGUUUAUUGCAGGAGGACUUUUUUUUAACAAAGUACUUGAUUGGGCAGCUUUUAUCAAGUAGGGCCAGGUUACCCUUAAUAAACCAUUUUCUGUUACACCUUAUCAGAGUCAACAUUCAGUUACUCUGUUACAAAACAUUUGUGUUGUUACAUCUUAAGAUAUGGACAGAUAGUUCUUAAACCCAAUGUCUGUCAGUUCUGGCCAUUUUGUAAAGAGUUACGACCUUUGAACAUAUAAAACGAAGACAAACUAGUGCCUAGCAUAACAGUGACAGCAACAUUUUGAUAUGUGGCCUUGAAUUUUAAUCUUUCACUUACAGCCAAAAUGUGAGUUUCUGGUGCAAACUACUUUCACAGUUAAGGGAUUAUGUUUAUACUUUGUACACAAUUAUGAUCACCAACCAUCAAAUGGGGGUAACUGUUUCUUCAUGUAGCACCUUGGCUGAAGUUUUUGUAUCAAUGUCAGGAUACUUUUCAUAAUUUUAUUGGUUUAGUCCGGACAGCUCUCUAAUUGUGAUUUAAAUUGACUUUGAAGAAUUAAUUGCUAAAGCCAGAUUGACUUUGAAUGUUUUACGUGAAAGAAGUGGUCUGUGAUAACCGUGGCAACAUUUGUUAAAUAAGAAUGUGUAUUAUUGUUUCCAGAAAUAAAUGUAAACUAAUGAG